GACUCACGACGAUCCGCAAUUUCGGGCGAUCGUUUGUACAUGAUAAGUGAACUUUAUUUUGUAAACAAAUUCAUUAACUUUUGUUUGCGUUUAUACAGCUAUAAAUAUAGAACCAUUUAUUCGCAUUGUAAAUACGCGUAAAUUUCCCGCUGCAAAUACGUGUUUAUGCACAGUUUAGGAUGUAUAUAUAUUCUAUUUCUUCCAUCGAGUGGAUAUAAAUACCAGUUCUUCAAUAAGCAAUGAAAUCCUUACUUUUUUCUUGUAUUCUUCUGUGCGUUUCGGUCUAUGCGAAAGACAUACCGGAUCCGUCGAAGACGGCCCAGAUGGCAAGGUACAUCAUAAACAAUGUGGAUUGGAUUGCCAUAUCUACUAUAUCAACGUUACCCUCGGUGAAUUCUUUUCCAUUCGUAAAUCUGAAAUCUGUUAGCGAUGGGCCACUUGGUAAAGGUACUGGAGUACCCUAUUUACUCAUGACCAACUUGGAUUUAACCGGAAGAGACGUCUUGCAAGAUAAUAGGACUACUAUAAUGGCUUCUUUGGCAGAGAUUAGUUACUGCAAUAGCGUGAACUACGAUCCUCAAGAUCCACGCUGUGGAAGGCUCAUCAUCUCUGGUGAACUUUCAAAGUUGGAUGAAACCACCGAUGAAUACAAAAUGGCUAAGAAUGAUCUGUUCAUCAGACAUCCUAUCAUGGAGGAGUGGAUGAAAGUUCACAACUUCUACAUAGCCAAAAUCAAUAUCAAGAACAUACUGAUCUUGGACAACUUCGGCGGUGCCAAGACCGUGACCGUCGAUGAUUACUACAAUGCCAACGACUAUAGUUCCAUUAAAAGUACAAAACAAGCGGAGGCCGAUAUUGUUGUCGUGCAAAUGGCCGUAGCCAGAAAUUACAGGUUCAAACAGUGAUCACUUUUGUUUCUUCUUCUAAUUUGCCUUUCAAAUACGACAUAGAAUGACAAACAAAUAAAUCCAAUACAUAAAUAACUCGUGCGAAUUGAAAGGCGGUCAAUGUUAUUGUUUAUUGCAUUGAAAGAGGAUCGCAUGAAAGGUUACAGGUUACAAUUAUCGAUUAAAACUUCUAUUCGAUAAGCAACAUCGGUAAAAUCGCAUAAUAAUAACAAUUUGUUUUCAAUCGCUACUCUAAUUUUUAGUUUAUUUACAAGUUUC